AGCCUCCCUCCCCAUCCAAGUUGUCCGUUGAGUUUAUGAUCUUUUAUUUCGCGGCAAUAUAUAGUCGAAUUCGUUCCCCGGAGGUGAUCGAGGAUGGCAACGGCGGCGGCGUUCAACGUGGAGGAGGUGGUCGAGGUGCUGGAGUCGCUGACCCGGGAUGCUGGGAAGGUGCAAGAGGAGACGCUGAGGAGGAUUCUUGAGGAGAACAAGGAGACGGAGUAUCUGCAGAAAUGGGGUCUUAACGGAAGAACUGACCCCGUCAGCUUCAAGGCCUCCGUCCCUCUCGUCCUUCACAUGGACUUGGAUCCUUACAUCCAAAGGAUUGCCGAUGGGGAUGCCUCUCCCGUCCUCACUUCCAAACCUGUUACCGCCAUGUCCAUGAGCUCGGGGACAAGUCAGGGGAAGCAGAAGUAUAUACCCUUCACGGAGGCCAUGUUUAAAAGCUCACUCUUUGUACUCAGCACUUCAUUUGCAUACAGGAACAGGGAGUUCCCAAUUGGAGAAGGCAAGGUUUUGCAGUUCCUAUACAGCAGCAAGAAGGUGCAGAGCAGCAAGGGCGGGCUGCCAGCGGCUCCCGUUUCUGCUCACGUCUUCAACAGGCCAGAAUACAGUGAGAUGCUGAAGGGGAUGAGCACUCCAAGUUGCAGCCCCAGCGAGGUGAUCCACGGCCCUGAUUUCCAGGAGUCCCUGUACUGCCACCUCCUCUCCGCCCUCAUCUUCCGCCACCGAAUCCAGUUCGUCGCCUCCGUCUUCGCCCACGGCAUCAUCCUCGCCCUACGCAGGUUCGAGCAGGUGUGGGAGGAGCUCUGCGCCGACAUCCGCACAGGCGUUGUUUCCACCGCGAGGGUCUCUUCCCCCUCGGUUCGAGCUGCCAUGUCGAAGCUCCUGUCUGAGCCCGACCCGCAGUCCGCGGACGAGAUCCACCGGACGUGCAAGAGACUGAUGGAGAAGGGGUGGUCCGGACUGAUCCCCGAGCUGUUCCCCAACGCAAAGUACAUCCAUUGCAUCAUGACCGGGACGAUGCAGCCUUACGUGAAGAAGAUGAGGCAUUACGCCGGGGAGACGCCUCUGUUGAGCGCAGACUACGGGGCUUCCGAGGGAUGGGUCGGGCUGAACGUGAACCCGAGAGAUCCGCCGGAGACCGCCACGUUCGCGGUGGUCCCGAAUGUGGCCUAUUUCGAAUUCAUCCCGUUGAAAAAUAACGGCUCUCCGGAUUCGGAUUCGGCCACGGUGGGCUUAACGGAGGUUAGAGUCGGGGAGGAGUACGAAAUCGUGAUGACAAACGACACGGGAAUGUACCGGUACCGGUUGGGGGACAUUGUGAAGGUGCACGGGUUCCACAACAAGACGCCGCUGCUGCGAUACGUUUGCAGGAAAAAUGUGCUUCUAAAUAUCGACAUCGACAAGAACACGGAGGAGGAUCUCCAGCUCUCCGUGGAGGCAGCCGCGGCGAAGCUCUUAUCGUCAUCAAACAACAAGACCGAAUUGCACGACUUCACGAGCCAUAUCGACAAGUCGGCGUACCCGGGGCACUACGUCAUAUUCUGGGAACUGAGCGGGGAGGCAACUGAUGACCAGGUUCUGCAGGAAUGCUGCGAUUGCAUGGACCGCUCCUUCGCGGACAUGGGCUACGUGGUCUCCAGGAAGACGAAGACCAUCGGCCCGCUGGAGCUCAGGGUGGUGAGGGGUGGGACGUUCGGCAAGAUUCUGAGUCACUAUGUUGGUUUGGGGACUGCUGCCAACCAGUUCAAGAGUCCCAGGUUUGUUGCCGAGACAAAUGGUGCGGUUCUCGGGAUACUUGCCCACAACCUCAUCAAAUCUUUCUUUAGUUCUGCAUAUGAUUGAUCUGAUCAUGGUUGUUUGUUUGGCUUUUUUUCAUUUAUUGUUUAAAAUAAACCGUACUCCUUAUGUGGGGACGUGAUGGAUGCCAUGAACUUUUGAUGUUUUUUCUAAAUAUGUACUACCGAGUAAGUUUUAUUUUUUAUUUCAAUACUACUUCAUAAAUAAAAUAUGUCGGAGGCAAAACUAUAUACUUCAUAAUGACUUUCCCUAAAUAGCAUCACAUGUGUUUUUCUUCUCAAUGUAGCAUUUUUAGUCAUUGUGUGUUAGUCAUUAUUCAAGUAAAUAUUGGUCAUCACU